AUGAUAUCGCCCAGGAGUGAGAUGACGUCGGCAUGCAGAGGGACGCUGAAGGAAGGAGUCAUCACAAUACAGACCUCACAUCUUCCCAAGGACCUGCUGUAUGCUCCAGAACAUUCUAAGGCGGUGACCUUCAGGAAAUCAUCUCAGAAUGAUGACAGCUCCUUCCUGCCCAAGAAAAUCUUCCCAUCACGUCCAGGAACCAGAAGCCUCUCUACCACUUCCCUGCGCAAAGCUGAGGACUGGUUAUCAUACAAGCCUUAUGUCCAGCUGAUAAUGGACGCAGAAAAUGAGAAGAUCAGUGGCAUGACACAGAGUGUGCUGGAUGCAGAAAAUCAGUAUAACCAGUGCGUGGAUGAGCAUGUGAGACGGGCAGAGAGCGCUGAUCUUCGCAGGAAGGAGAUGCAGCAUAAGAGGUGGACGGAACGCGUGGCCGGACCACUACAGAAAACCAUAGAGAACUACAUAGAUAGCCAGGCCAGCGAGGACAUAGAGAGGAGGAGGAGAUGGCUUCUAGCACAGUACUUGGAAUAUUGCAACAAAAAGGGCAACGCAUUUAUGAGAGAUUAUGAUUCCUCCGAGUACAACCCGUUUAUUAAUCGCCUCUGCAAGCAGUACCUCCGGGUUUCAACUCCGGUAUUUAAGGAUCCGCUCCUGCAGCAGUACCAGAAGAGGUACGAGGAGGAGAAGGUGGCUCUGCACUGUGACACAGGCCGGCUCUAUUCAGCCAAAGAGAUCAAUGAGCUGAACCUGCAGAAGCUUCCACCGGCUCCUCUGGGGCGUCAGACCAUGAACGGGAUCAAUUGGUUGAAGACUCCAUUCGGUUACAUCGAGAGUGACAUCAGGCUAAAGAGCAGGCAGAGGGUGAGAGGAUCUGUGAACCAAGGAAGUCUGGACUUCAAGACAUGGGCCGAUACCAAAUACCCACCUGAGAUCUUCAGCGCUGAGAGGAACAUCUGUCACAAGAGGAAGUUUGCAGUCGAGACAUCCUCCAUGCCGGCAUAUACCAAGCACUGGGGUCCGGACCACACAGUCACAAUGAUCACCAUAUAG